UCUCCCUCCACAAUCUGACUGCCACAAGGACAAGUUAGCUGGUAACUUCACCGGAUUCUCUUAACCAUCUCCUUCGCCAUGAACUCCUCAUCCUCCACUGUCUCUCACCCACCGCUUCCGUUUCUUCGGGGACUUCUACUCUCAGCUACCUAUUAGUCGAGUGAAGCGAGGAGGAAUCCCAGACGCCGGCCAUGAGACGACGAUGGUCCGCGUGAUCUGCUUCAGCCACUCUAGGAGGAGGCCGAAGCUCUCAUGCUAAUGCUACCACAACCGUCACCAAUACUCGUGCGAAGUUGAAUUCCUUCAUUUAUGGAUGAAGCGCCUCCCCAAGAGCAAGAAGAAGAGGAAGAGGGACAGGACGAAGCCGACGUGGCUCCCACAACCAGCUCCUCCCGAAUGGCCGCUGAUUGGCUCCAAUUAAGCCUCGGGACCACCGCUUCGCCGGCAGUCAUCCGGGAGAGAUCAGGAAGACAACCGCCCCCUCUGGUGACGUUGCCAGAACUCCGCUUGUCUGUAGAUAUCCCAUCAUCACCUGUGGCGGCGGCUGCGGCUGCGGCUGCAGGUGAGCCUCCAGGACCAACAAGUCAGGAUCCUACCAGAGACAUGAGUGUGAUUCGUCCUCCGCCAAGGCAAACCGGCCUUUGGUUGAUGCUCCAGGUCCAACAAUCCCAAGGAGAACAGCCCUCUUUGCCUCAGAUCUCCAGGAACUACUUGAGAAUAAGAGAUGGAGGAAUGACAGUGAGACUGCUCAUCAAGUACUUAGUCAGCAAACUAUCUUUGGAGGAUGAAUCAGAGCAGGUGGAGAUCACAUGCAGAGAUCAACUACUUCUUCCCUCCUUUACGUUGCAAUAUGUUCGUGAUAACAUCUGGUGUCCUGGCAAUAUUACAUCGAUACUCCCUAACUUUCCUAGCAUUGACCAUGUCAUGAGAUUGCAAUAUAGAAGAAGAACAACAAUUCAUGUAUCAAUAUUGUGAUUAAAUAUUUAACUAAUUUUUACUUGUGAAUUGAGAAAUUUUCAUCCCCACGCCAACACUUC